AUGGAUGAGUCGCUGGAUGAGGUCUUGGGUGAAAACUAUGGGAAGCUUUCUUUGAAGGUUUCUCAGUCGCCACUAGCUUUUGGUCACUGGGAAGAACUUAUCAACUAUUUGCUAGAGAAGGCCGGCCCGUUAAACAAGGCACUCAGUGGGCAGCUUAUACAGUUAAUACGACAAACAUACAAGUCAAUGCUCACAUACCUCCCUUACUUGGAGAACUACAGCAUCGAUUAUGCACUCUUUGAGUACAAGUUGGGAAAUAUCAAAGAAAUGCAUGAAGCGUUCACGGCGGCAUUGCAGAAGCAUAACAAUUACUCGUUACUAAUAUGGAUUGAAUAUCUCAAGGCCUGCAAUGAAGUAGUAAUAGACAACAAGAAGCUUUUCCGAAAAUACGAGCUAGCCGAGUCCUUCAUUGGGCUGCACUUCUACAGCGGAGAGUUUUGGGAGAUGUACCUGGAACAAGUCAGGAUGAGGUGUUCAACCCCAAACCGGUACAUCCUAAUUUUAAGAAAGGUUAUAGAGCUUCCCAUAUAUUCGUACAGCCGAUUCUACGCCAUGUGGCUUUCAGCUAUUGACGAUGUCAAGGACGUGAAACAAUUGGCAACAAUGGUUCCUGAACAAGAUCUCAAAAAGAAGGCCAAAAUAGAUGUUAGAGCUUCGGGCAGGAAAGGGCCUCAGCUCCAGGAAACCAAGAAACUCCUCAAACGUUACACGAAAGAAAUGUACAUGGUUGUACAGCAUAGAGUCUUGGAGUUCUACAACUUGUUUGAAAUUAACCUCAGAACUCAGUACUACACUUCAGCAGAAACAUUGAUCAACUACAAUGAAAUUACUACGUGGCUGAGGUACCUGGACUAUUCAAUUAAUAAUGGAAUCAAUCAGUUAACCCAGAUCAAUUUCCAGCGAGCAUUGAUUCCACUAGCACACUACGAGAUGAUUUGGCUCAAAUAUGCUUCUUGGCUCGUGCAGCAUCAAGAUUUUGUGUCAGCAAAAACUGUUCUACUACAGGGGCUGAGAAUUUCUCAUAAGAAAGCAAAGAUUAUAGAGAGAUUAUCAACCAUAAUGCUCAAAAUUGGCCACUACUCCGAAUUGAUACAGCUGUAUAAUGAGAUACAAAACGUUUACGGUGAAAAAAUAGAGGAGUUAGAUGAUUAUGAGCUAUUUUUCGAUUACUUCCUUUUUACAGCUUUCCUCGAAAAAAGCAUCAAUGACAACUUCAAGGCAGGUUGUGUUCGAAGCCAUAUUGACCCCCUAAAAUUGGCUUUAAAACGGUUAAGUUACGGGGAAAACAAGCGUGGACAAGUUGAGCUUCUCCACGCAGUCUGUCAAAUGUACUCACGGUUUUCCCAUGAAACACUCGAGAACAAAAUUUUCAGGCCCAUCAUAAACCAGGAUUGGUCUUUUUACCUGAAUAACGGGAUGUUUUGGUUCGAAUAUUGUCAUAGCGUAUGGUUUGAUCCUUCUUCGUCCUACUUAGAAAAAAGAAGGAACAUUGUAAACAACAUAAUUCCGUUAGCUGUCAAGCAGGAGCCCAAGGCAACCAAAGGUGUUGUAAAAUUCUGUGAAAUGUAUCUUCCAGAAGAUCUCAAGUUGUGCAAUAAAACCUAA